ACGCGGCGGGCGGCGCGGGCUGGGGCCUGGGGCGCGGGCUGUGGGCGCUCGUGUGGCCGGCGCCCGCGGCCCCCGGCGACGCGGCGCUGCAGGAGCUGUGCCGGCAGCUGGAGCGCUACCUGGACCUGGCGGCCGACGGCUGCGGCGGCGACACCGUGCGCGACGUGCUCUUCCCGGCCCCGGGCGACGCGGCCGACUGCGAGGGCCUGCGCGAGUUCCGCGAGAGGACGCUCCGCCAGCGCCUGGACGGGGCGGCCGCGCGGCUGCGCCAGGUUCUUCAAGAUCAUGGAAAAGCCAACACCAUGAUAGCAUUAAUGAAAGUUUAUCAAGAGGAAGAUGAAGCAUAUCAGCAAUUAGUUACCAUGGCGGCCAUGUUCUUCCAGUAUUUACUGCAGCCGUUCAGAGAUAUGAGAGAAGUUGCGACCUCAUGUAAGCUUGAGAUUUUGAAGUCCCUGGAUGAGGAUGAGCUGGGUCCUAAAAGGGUGGUUUCCCUGCGGAAGGAAGCCAGCAAAUGGAGCAGACGGGCUGAAGAGGCAGUAGUCUCUAUCCAAGACAUCACUGUGAAUUAUUUUAAGGAAACAGUAACAGCAUUAACAGGAAUGCAGAAACAAAUGGAGCAGGAUCAGAAGAGAUUUGGCCAGGCUACCUGGGCCACAGCCAUGCCCAGGCUAGAAAGUCUCAAGCUCAUGUUAGCUCGGGAGACUUUGCAGCUGAUGCGAGCCAAAGUGCUGUGUCUAAAUCACAGACAAGCUGAAAUCCAGAGAAGGGUGGAAACUCUUCCAGACGAAGGAAAGAGUUUAGAUGUUGUGGACGAGCUAGAAAUACAAUAUUACGAGCUUCAGCUGGAGUUGUAUGAUGUCAAGCUUGAGAUACUGAGAAAUGAAGAGAUGAUCCUUGUCACACGGUUGGACUCUGUUAAGAGACUUAUAAAAGAGAAGCAGGAUGAAGUGGUCUACUACGACCCAUGUGAGAGCCCCGAGCAGCUGCCGAGCUUGGCACAGGACCUGGAGCUGCACCUUGGUGAGAACAGAGAGCUGAGAGCACUGAGACUGCAGUGCCAGCAGCUGGAGGCUCAGCGGGGCCGCAUCUGCACCAGGAGGGCCCACCUCAGGAACAGAAAGGAUCACUGCCGAGAAAAUCAUCAGCUCAGACUGCAACAAGCCAGGCAGAGUAUGAGGCAUUUUCACCAGCAUCACAGUAUUCAGAUGAGAAGAGACAAAAUAAAAGAAGAGGAACAAAAGAAAAAAGAAUGGAUAAACCAUGAGCGCCGGAAAACCCUUGAGCGACUAAGAGCAUAUAGGGAGAAGUGUUCAGCUCCUCAGUCUGUACUGAAAACGCCUUGCUCAGAAUCCAUGGUGCCAAACCUGUUAGGUGGCCGCUCUCAGAAGAGGUCCUCAACAGCUCAUCACAAGAUAGCUCAUCCUGCCUCCAGCAAAGCCAGAAGUGUUGCCCCAUUACCUGAAGCCAAUGUGACAACCCCUGAGCAUCAAGCCUCCUGUGGCAGUGUCCCUGUCCAGGUUUUUGUUCCAGUUGGUGACCAGACACUGCCUCCAUCCAGCGAAGACCUGUCACUACCACCACAGCCACCACCCCCACCUCCCCCACUUCCUCCCCCCCCACCCCCUCCUCUCCCUGCUCUGUCCUCUUUUCAAACUACCUCUCAUCAGAAUUUAAGACCCAGGACUUUAGCAGCAGAGGACCAGCCACUCCCUCUAGUGUGUGACGUGUUUGCUGAAAGACCAUGUGAUUUCCUGGAGGACUUCUAUCAUCCAGGCUCUAUGGAUGAAGUGUUGGCCUCUCUACGGCAGGGCAGGGCCUCUCUCCGGAAAGUAGAAGUGUCCGCCUUGCCGCCUCCCCGCACCUCCAUCAAUGAACAACUUCUGGCUGCCAUCAGGCAGGGGGUGCAGCUGAAGAAGGUCCACCCAGGCCCAGGUGUGGAUCCCAGCACGAGGCGCACCAGCGACCUGGAGAGCAGCAUCAGGGCAGCCCUGGACAGAAUCAAGAGAGUGUCUGCCGACUCAGAGGAGGACAAUGACGAGCAGAGCCCUGGCGAGUGGGACCGCUAGGUCUCCAGGCGACAAAGGUAGACAGGCCCAUAAACCCUAGGCCAGCAGGGCUUCCCUGAGAGACUGCUUUGUGAUGCUCUGGCUGUAACACUGGGAGGACAGUGGAGGCAUGAUGAUUGUCACACAUCAUCCACAGGUGGGAGCAGUACUGUGUCCACUCUAGAGUCUGACCUGGAGGGACAGUCCUGUGGUAUACAUUAGACUCUAUGCUUCCAUGUGUAUGGACACUGGUUCCUCGGACUUAGAGGCUCAAAUGUGAACAUGAUUUUAGCAAUAAUCAGAAUAAAUUGCGUAUAUCCCAGAAUUACUUUAAAUAUUUAAAUAAAAUGUAUUUUGUGUAUGAGCACUAUAGAAACUCAUAAUAAACAGUAUUUAUAAUGCA